CUCUACUCACCCUUCAUUGGCUCAAAUUAGCUAUUAGUGCAUCCCAGGCACUGGUUGGUGCAUUUCGCUGUGAAUGCACUUCUGUUGAGUGAUAUUUAAGCUUCAAGUUUUCAUUCAAUCUCUCACUCUCGUUCUUCGGAGCUCUCAACGAAGAGUUUCGUCUCCGCUUGUGAAAUCUGCUGUUAGGUGCUCAACAAUGACGGUCACACCUAAGAUAUCUAUCAAUGAUGGGAACCUUGUGGUUCAUGGCAAGACCAUCCUGACUGGAGUGCCAGAUAACAUUGUCUUAACUCCGGGUUCUGGUGUUGGGCUGGUUGCUGGUGCUUUCAUUGGUGCCACUGCUUCUCACAGCAAAAGUCUCCAUGUUUUUCCCAUGGGAGUUUUAGAGGAUCUUCGGUUCAUGUGUUGCUUUCGAUUUAAGUUAUGGUGGAUGACUCAAAGAAUGGGAACAUGCGGGAAAGAUGUACCUUUGGAGACUCAAUUCAUGCUUGUGGAGAGUAAUGAUAACACUGAAGGUGAUCGAGAUGAUGCCUCAACUAUCUACACUGUCUUCCUCCCUCUCCUUGAGGGCCAGUUUCGAUCAGUUCUGCAAGGCAAUGACAAGAAUGAGAUAGAGAUUUGCCUCGAGAGUGGAGAUAAUGCUGUUGAAACCAACCAAGGCCUUUACCUUGUCUACAUGCAUGCUGGGACAAAUCCUUUUGAAGUCAUCAACCAGGCUGUGAAGGCUGUGGAAAAAUAUAUGCAGACUUUCCUUCACCGAGAGAAGAAGAAGUUGCCUUCUUUUCUUGAUUGGUUUGGCUGGUGCACAUGGGAUGCUUUCUACACUGAUGUCACAGCCGAGGGUGUUGAGGAAGGCCUUAAAAGUCUUUCAGCGGGAGGGACUCCUCCAAGGUUUCUGAUCAUAGAUGAUGGUUGGCAACAGAUUGAAAAUAAAUCCAAAGAGGAAACUGAUUGCGUUGUACAAGAGGGAGCACAGUUUGCAAGUAGGCUCACAGGAAUCAAAGAGAAUGAAAAAUUCCAAAAAAGUGGCCAGAGCAACGGGCAGAUCCCUGGCCUGAAGCAUGUUGUAGAUGAAGCCAAGCAGCACCAUGAUGUGAAGUAUGUGUAUGUAUGGCAUGCUUUGGCUGGUUAUUGGGGAGGAGUAAAGCCAGCUGCUGCUGGUAUGGAACACUAUGACACUGCAUUGGCAUAUCCUGUUCAAUCUCCAGGUGUGAUGGGCAACCAACCUGACAUAGUUAUGGACAGUCUUGCUGUCCAUGGCUUGGGAUUGGUGCAUCCAAAGAAGGUUUUCAACUUCUACAAUGAGCUCCAUGCCUACCUAGCUUCAUGUGGAGUGGAUGGAGUCAAAGUUGAUGUGCAAAACAUUAUUGAGACCCUUGGUGCUGGCCAUGGUGGCAGAGUUUCUCUCACCCAAAGCUAUGUCCAGGCUUUGGAGGCUUCAAUUGCACGGAACUUUACUGACAAUGGAUGCAUUGCUUGCAUGUGUCAUAACACUGAUGGAAUCUAUAGUGCCAAGCAGACAGCUGUGAUUAGAGCUUCUGAUGACUUUUACCCUCGGGACCCAGCUUCCCACACCAUCCACAUUUCUUCUGUCACGUAUAACAGUCUUUUCCUUGGGGAAUUCAUGCAACCUGAUUGGGAUAUGUUCCAUAGUUUACACCCUGCUGCUGACUAUCAUGGUGCAGCUCGUGCCAUAGGUGGAUGUGCAAUUUAUGUCAGUGAUAAGCCAGGCAAUCACAACUUUGACCUGUUAAAGAAGCUGGUACUUCCUGACGGAUCAGUUCUACGUGCCCAACUGCCAGGUAGGCCGACACGUGACUGUCUCUUCGCAGAUCCGGCCAGAGAUGGAACCAGUUUACUCAAGAUGUGGAACUUGAACAAAUGCUCUGGUGUUGUUGGUGUGUUCAAUUGCCAAGGUGCUGGUUGGUGCAAGAUUGUGAAGAAAACUCGCAUUCAUGAUGCAUCUCCUGGUACCCUCACUGCAUCAGUUUGUGCAACUGAUGUUGAAAACAUAGCUCAGAUUGCUGGUGAAGAUUGGAAUGGAGAUGCUAUAGUUUAUGCCCAUAGAUCAGGGGAGGUUUUACGGUUACCAAAAGGAGCUUCAUUGCCUGUAACCCUUAAAGUUCUCGAGUAUGAGCUAUUCCAUUUCUGUCCACUCAAGGAAAUUACUUCAAGCAUUUCAUUUGCAUCAAUAGGCCUGCUUGACAUGUUCAAUACAGGAGGUGCCGUGGAACUGUUUGAAAUCCACAUGGCUACGGACAAGAAACAUGAGCUCUUUGAUGGCGAAAUUUCCUCAGAAGUUGCCACUUCUCUCAGCGAAAACCUAUCUCCAACUGCCACAAUAACUCUCAAGGUUAGGGGAUGUGGAAGAUUUGGUGCAUACUCUUCCCAGCAACCGCUAAAAUGCAGAGUGGGGGAUGGCGAGACCGAGUUCACAUAUGAUUCUGCAACUGGAUUGGUGACCCUGAAUCUCCCAGUACCACAGGAAGAGAUGUACAGAUGGCUUGUAGAGAUCCAAGUUUAAUAAGUUUAAGCAUUAUGAUAUUAAAUAACAACAUGAUUACUAGAGGAUCAACAUGUUUAGGAAGUUCAAUACAAAUGGGAAAUGCUGGUGUCAUCUGCAAUGCCAAGAAAGACCCCCAUUGUAUGUGGACAAUAAUUAUGUCUACGCUGCUGCUGCUGUUGUGGUUGUUUCUUUUGCUGUAAUAAAAGCGCUUUUAUCAUUCCAUUACCAA